AUGAGUAAUCCAAACAGAGCUUCACGCCAUGCAUCUGGUAUACUCCCUUCAAAACAAUUCUUUGCUCCUCGAAAGCCAAUACCUUCAUACCCAGCUUCUGCAAGACGAAAAUCCACACUCUCAGCCACGUCUCCUGGCUCGCCAACGUCAAAUGCCUUUUUAUCACCAUCGUCGUCAAUACGAACACCUAUAACAUCACUGAUCUCGGAAGAGGGUACUUCGACUUAUUUGCAACGAAAUUCUAUUCCGCUUGACCCGUUGUCGUCACCCACUCAUGAGACGAUCGAUACAACAGACGAGAACACGAUCUAUGUCGUUCGACAGAGUGCAUAUCAUGCUCGUCGGUCAAGACAGGCGAGCUUGUCGGCUGCUGGAGUGCUGGAUCCGACUUCUCCUUCUUCCGUGUUGGAACCUACCUCUUCCGUCCGCGCUAGAUCGUCUGACCCUAUGGGUGGUGUUAAUAACAAGCGACUGUCAUCCAAGCAUAGUUCAUUUCUCGCUGUACCAUAUUCAUCUGUAAAAGCAAAACCUAAUGUUCAAUUAACAUCGCAUACGGGUGGAACUCCCUCGUCUGAAGGAGGGCGGAGAAGAGUGUACCAAUUAUGGCCUGGGAGGAAUAGGUUUUUCUUGGGUGGGAGGAUUAUGACUAGUAGAGAUUUUCCUGCAUUUGCAGUUGCACUUUCAGCUCUGAUUAUACCGUCAUCAUUGUUCCUAGCUUUCACGUGUCCAUUUUUGUACAGUCAUUUAUCACCUGCAGUUGUAUUUGUCUUUGCAUAUUUAUUCCUUUUGGCAUUAACAAGCAUGUUGAAGACAUCGUGGUCCGACCCUGGCAUUAUUCCCAGAAAUCUUGAUCCCACUCCACCGAUUGAGGAAUCUGAAGUUCUUGAUAACAUUGGACAGAACGACACUCCGUUUCCGUAUUACCAAUCGCGUACCUACGUACUACCAAAAGACGUUAAGUUACGCGCUCCAAUCGCUCGUCGUAAUGGAGCCCGUCAUCCAUUUGACCGCCACAAUCUCUUUAAAAACUGUUUCUGGGUCCUUUGUAGGCCAUCAAUAACCAGCACCAUUCAUCGUCGCGCUUUUGUUGAUGCAACGCUUCCAUCCACGACAGCACCUACGCCUACGCCUUCGUUUCCAAAUCUAUUUUCAACAGCCGCCGUAUCACCGUUAAAUACACGACAAUCACAGACGCAGAUACACGAAACCGUUGGAUCAAGAGAUCAUCAAGCUACAAUGGAUGCUAAUAUUGCAUGA